UAGAAUGUUUUUUUGUUGUAGUUAAAUUCUGUUUAACAAUUUUACUCAUUUAUAGAUUUUUCCAGUUAGCUAAUAUGUUACCAUAUUUUUGUAUCAUUAUUAUUAUGCUACAAUGUAUUGGAUUACCGUUUGUUAAAACAGAAUUUACUCAUGGUAGUUAUCAAAUGAUUAGUUUGACUAAAGAUCCAAAAUUUUUUUAUGGAAAAUUUUGUGGAACUUGUCGAAAAGUUUAUUAUUCUGUCAUUUCAAUGUUUCUGGAUCAUGCUCAACUUGAAAGUUUACAAGAGAAAUUAAUUGACUACUGUGAAUUCAUAGGACCGUUUCGAGAUCAAUGUGUAUCGCUAGUCACUUUUUCAAUGUUUAAAGCGAUUAACAAAUCUAUAGCCAAAAUUGAUCCAUUAACAUCUUGUGAAGGCUGGUAUUUAUGUUAUAAGAAAUAGGCUUUCUAGUUCGAAUGAAUGUAUGGACCAUGUGGAUAUUGAACAAUUUAAAUACUGUGAACAAUACAUUGAUUUGUUUUAAAUAUAUCAUUAUUUUAAUGGAUUUUAAUCAAAUAUUUGAUAUUUCAAUACUGAAACUUGUAUUUCACAAAUAUUUAGGGUAAAGGUAGCGAUAGAAUUUGUAAAUAAAGGAAUUUCUCCAAUGAUUA